CUCUCAAAUCAUUGUGCACGCGUAGGGAAGGUUGGAAAUGUGUUUCAAGUGUUGUCUUAAUAAGUUUCUUCUUGCAGUUUGAUAUAUUAGACGACGGAGAAAUCCUGAAGCUGACUUUAUUUUAUUACGGCCAUAUUUAAUUUCUUUAAAUUCAGCUGAAUUGGUAAUUUGACUGUUGACAAUGCGGAGAAAAAGUGACAGAACAAAGGAGAAAGAGAAGUCAUCUCCAGAGAAAAAGACAGAGAAGGCAACAAGGCGAUCACGUAGGCAUUCAAAGCGGAGAAAGAGAUCAUCAUCGGUGUCUGAACAUGACGAAUCUGCUCCAGAAGACGAGACUUCAUUGAAGACUCAUGGUGACACAGAAGAAGAACCAAAAAGUGGAGGAUGUGAGGAAGAUGUAGACCAAGAUAAUACUGAUGCCAAGGAAAAAGAUGUUGAAGGUGAAACGUCAAAGUGUUCUACUAGUCGAAGGUCCAGUAAGAAACAGACCACAGAUGAAGUGGGAGGUUCAAAAAGUCAGGCUAGUUGUUCGACUGAUGCUGACUGGAAAGAAGAUAAAUCGUUCUGGGAAGCUGAGGAAGGCAAAAGUGAACUGUCAGAACCAAGACACAAAGAAAAGGAUGGGAAAAGUUCUUUGUGGCAAGUGAAGAGUUCAAAUGGUAGUGGAAAUAAUGGAGGUGGUGAAAUUAAAAAAAUAAAAUUGUGUAUAGUGAGACCAUCAGAAACUUCUUCGGAACCAUGUCCACGUAGACGAAAGAGAUUGAGCAGAACCAUGACCAGCCACAAAGAUAAGUCAGACACUCAGGAAUGUGAAGAAGCAGAUGAUGAUCAUGGUGAAGAUGACAAGAAGGUGUUAGAGUCAUCAGAUGGAAAGCAAAACUCAAAGCAAUCAUUAUAUAUAACCACAGGAAAUAAAUCAUUACAUGAUGAAGGAAAGGUGUCUCAGCAAGAACAUACUGAACAGAGAGAUGUGUCAGAGGAGAGGUCACAGCAAGGUCAAAAUUCAUCUCCGGAGAGAGAGCAAGCAAGUUUACAAAGUCAGGAUCAGAUUGAAGCAGCUGAUGAAACUGUAGAUCAAGAAUCUACAGAAGAUAAACAAAAUGUCCAUGAUUCUGAUGUUAAAGAAGAUAAGCUAGUUCAAGAAUCAUCUGAUAUGAGAGGUGAUACUUCACCUGAAACUUCUGGAGAGCAUCACAUGGUCAGGAAGUCAUGUGAUAGGACAGAACAGUCCGACAGAACAGUUGAAGACAGGGUAGAUGAUCAGGCACAGUUAGAAGAACAUGUCAUAGAACAGAAAGAGGUAGAAGUGGAAGAUUCAUGUGAAGGAAAAGGCAUGAAUUGUGUCACAUCAGAAGAACAGGCAGUAGUGACAGAAGAGAAAGUUGAACCUCAGAAAGCAGCGGAAGUAAAGUCACAGGCAGAAUCACAAAAUGUUGAAGACUCACAAGAAGAAAGAUUGGAAGGCAGUGAUGCAACAGUUCAGAUAUCAAAAGCUGAUAAUGAUGAAGAUACAAAUGAUAAAAAUACAGCUUGUGCUGCAACAGAUCAGGACAAAACUUUAAUUGAAAGGGCUGAAACAUCCACAGAAGUACUGAUAGAAAGUUCUUCAUCUGAGGAAGGACAGAAGGGAAAAGUUUUGUUAGAAGGUAGACCAGAGGAAGCAGAGCAGGUUGCAGAAGAGGCGGGUGCAGUUGAAGAGAGAUUAGUUGCUCAUAUUUCAUCAGAGAGAACCAAAGGUGAAAGGGUUGUAGAAGAGGGGCAGAUUCAGGAUUCAUCGGAAAAAUGUUCCACAUCUCGUGAAGUAUCCAGAUCAGACGUAAGUGUGAAUGAUGCCCAAGUAAAAGAGAGCACAAAGGAUUCAUCAAGGGACAGAUCAAAUAAACGAACUACAAUAAAACGUGUUUUCUUGGAAGAAAGUUCCCACUCUCGAGACUCCUCUGAGGAGAGACCAAGAGAUGAAGUGAAAAAGCGCAGACAGAGCAGAGAAUCGAACAGUAGCUGCAGUUUCAGCCCCAGUCCGGGGAAGCAGAUACAUCGCAGGGCUGAUAGAGAGUCCACUCACCGCAACAGGAUACAAGGCAAUGAACAUUCAGAUAAACAUAGUAAGAAGAGGGACAACAAUAGGAACAGUAGUUCUGAUAGACAAGGAAGUCGGCAUUCCCAUAGAAGAUCUCGCAGUCCUCAAAAUAGAAGAGAGAAAAUAUCACUGAGGAGGUCUUUCUCAAAGCAGAGUAAUUCACAUGGAAGAGAGAAGAAUGCUAUUAAAGAGUCUGUGAAAAAGGUUGAACCAUCUACUGAUGAGUCUCACCCUCAUAUCAGAGAUGAUAAAGAUAAAGAAAAUGUCCGGAAGACAACUGAACAAACAGGGACAUCUCAGGAAUCAUCACAGAGUGUAACCCGGAGGCGCAGAUGGGGAGCGGGGAAAACGAACAGAGCAGGAAAGAAGCCAGUGCUGUCGAUAUCGACAGACUCCCUGAAGAACCUAAUUCCAGGGGCAAAACCAAUUCCAGUUAAUGAAGUACAGUUAUCUCAAGAUGAAGAGGAAGAGGAAGAAGAAAGGAGAGAGAAAGAAUCAGGAGAGCAUGAGAGAGAUGAAAACGAUACAAGGGAGAAGUCCAAAAAUAAAGACAAAGAUGAGGAUAAUCAAGAAGUAUUGGACAGAAGACCUGUUGCCCCCGCGUUCGUAUCAGAGCCUCAUAAGAUCAGUGUUGCAGUGACUGAUGAUUAUAGGAGUAAAGUUGUCACUCGCAAAAUAUCAAUUGUGUCGGACGAUGCAAGGACACUGCAAAACUCUCCAAGUCCUCCGAGGCACAAAGAAUCCAAUGUCUUGUUUAUAACAAACUUGGUGCGUCCUUUCACUGUGAAUCAGCUCAAGGAACUUUUGGCUCGUACUGGCACUAUUGUUGAGGGUGGAUUCUGGAUAGAUAAAAUCAAGUCAAAGUGCUAUGUUCAGUAUGAAACGGAAACUGAAGCUCGAGAAACUAGGCAUGCCCUUCAUGGAGUACGGUGGCCUGUGUCGAAUCCAAAACAACUUUGCGUUGACUUCGGCAGGAAAGAAGAUAUGGACUUGGCACAAGCUCUGACAGACGAUGAUCAGAUACCAAGAAAAACAGAGCCACUGAAAGUCGAGAGGACGAUUGAAGGUUGGGUUGCUGAGCAAGCCAGGGAGAAGGAGAGGGAACGGGAGUUACGGGAGCAUGAAAGAGAACGGGAGAGAGAAAGAACUAGAACAAAGGAAAGGCAUCAUGCCGUUCCUGCUGUUGAACCACUUGAACGGAAUAGAAACGUGAAGAUGUCAGCAAAUGUCAGGGAAUGGGACUUAGGUAAAAUAGGUCAGUUGUCCCCUGCUGAGAAAGAACCGAAGCAUGAAGAAAAAAACAAAGAACGAGAAAGAAGGGUGCGGAGAGAGAAAGCACACCACAGCAGAAGCCCUUCGCCCCAUGAAAUACCUGUUCGGAAACAAAAAAAGAAGGAAGAUGAUGCUCCUGCUAAGCUCUUGGAUGAUUUGUUUAGAAAGACCAAAUGUACUCCCUGUAUUUACUGGCUGCCUCUCACUGCUGAACAGAUUGUUGUGAAGGAAGAGAUGCGCCGUAGGCAUAUGGCUGAACAUGAGCGCAGAAUGGCUGAGAUGAGAAAGGCAGAGAGAGAACGAGAGCGGGCUAGAGCUCAGCAACGCCAACAGAGGCGGGCAGGAGAGAGGGAUAAACGAAGAAGACGAACUGUCAGUGGCAGUCCUAAGAAAUAACUGAGAGAUAAAAGAAAAAUCCUUCGCUGGGAAAAGUGAUUGAAUAAUCAAGUGAAGAGUGAGUUGCAGGUUGCACGUCCUUGCAACUGGGAGAGGAGAUGUGUGCGGCCAGAUCUACCAUGGCCGUCUUGUAACUUGGCAUGUUCAGAAUUAUAACUGCCAGGGAGUUGGUUACAUCAGCUCAUGCACGGCUGUUUUUGCAAAAUGGUCGGUUCUUAGAUCAAAUUUACUUUUAUCUCGCAUGACCUGUCUGGUCAUUUGUUUUUAUUUAAUCUUUCACAGCUAAGUUUUCAAAAUUAUUUGAAUUGCUUUUGGUAGUUAUUAAUUUGUUAGCAAAUUGAUGCAGGUACAUAAAAUAUUCUAUUAAGAUAGAGUUAGUUGAGUUUCGCGUAUAAUAACUUACCUUGAUAUUGCACAUAGCUUAUUGGUAUGUUGUGAAAUCAGUUAAUCCAUUAAGAUAGCUUGAUGUUCCUUUCCCAUAUAAAAGACCCACUUUGCAUGCUAAUGUCCAUAUUUAAUCAAGCUUAUUGGUAUGUUGUGAAAUCAGUUAAUCCAUUAAGAUAGCUUGAUGUUCCUUUCCAACAUAAGGAAGACCCACUUUGCAUGCUAAUGUCCAUACUUAAUCAGUAGUUGCAUGUUUCUACAUAAGGUAUUAUCUGGGCCACUUCUAAGGCUGAUCCUUGACCUGUUUGAAUCCCUCCCUAAUUUUUCAUUGCAGGAGAUGAAGCAUUUUGUUUCCAGGUCCAGCAGAGGAGAAAAAUGAAUUUUUCAUUUCUGAUGAUGACAGAUGAUUUUUAUCUCAUCAGGCAGUACAACAGGCAGCCUGGUGCACAGGGCUUUGGGGGGAUCGAACGAAACAAAACCAUGGGAGGUAUUAAACAGAGCGAUCUCCGUAACCAAGGAUCAACAAAUACAAGAAAUUUGAGAAGGAUUCUGCACUAAUGUCCAUGAACUUGGGGUAGUGACUGUGGAGGACAUGGUCAUGCGACGCCAUCUUGUGUAUUCCUCAUGGCAGUGAAAAUGUGUGAAGAAUAUUUGCUAAGUAUGUGCUGUUGUCAUCCUGUUGAAGAGAACUGCAGCAUUGCUAAGUGAUAUGAGGAUGGAUGAUCGUCAGAGAAGAGUGAAGACCUCUAACCAUGAUGAAGUGUACCUAAAGAACAGUCAGCUUUUGUUGAUGUAUGGAAUGUACAUCCUUUGCAAUUUAUGAUUAUGAAAAAGUACAAGGAAUGUGUCUCUUUGUUAUAGUACCUCAACUUGUGGGCUGUAGAUUUGCAGCACAUUUAAAUAGAGUUAAUGUUAAGUAUGUCUGAAGUUCAGUUUUUAUUGUUAGAACAGCAUUGAACAUUGAAGGUUAGUGAAUGGCUGGUAUGGCUUAUGGUCACUGCAAUGGAACCCCCAUUUAUUGUAACUUGAUUUAAGGGCGUCAUGCAAUUAACUUAACGUUCAUUUUCAGUAGUCCCAAAUCAAUAAUCAUAAUGUUAAAAUACGCCCAUUUUCUUCAGUUUAAUGUUGAGAUCUGUUGGUCCAAGAAGAUAUCUUAAAGAGGCAGUUUUACCAUAGAUAGAAAUUUAUUUCUACCUUUCAGUUCUCAGUGCUGUUUGUCUGCUAGUAACCGUCUAAUCAGGACACAAGACAAAUGGUCAGAAUUUAUACUCAGGCCAUCUUUACCCUAUUUCUCUAUUUGAAAUAUGUUGUACUGACUGUGUAUGCCCCCAAGCCUUUGUUGAUAUUGUGGUGAAGAAGUCAAACUCGAGCUCUCUGAUCUGUAGCACAUCACUUAGUUCAACAACAUAUGACAGGUCAGCAGUUUGUCAAAACCCAAUACAGCAUUCAAGCUGAAUCACAUUUUCCUUCCUAGUUCAUGCUCCAUUUUACUGGAGAAAAUUGUUUAUUGUUUAUUAUGCAUCUUGAGAAAUGGUUUAACCAACCAGUCAGAAUAUUAAUGGGUACUGUGUCUAAGAUAUUAUAAUUAAGGUAUGUGCUUAAUUAUGCAUCUUGACAUUUUGUGAGUGGAGGUAUAGCUACAUGCGUUCUUCACUUUGGCACUAGAUGGAGUUGAGUGGUUAUCUUCAUCUUCAUCUUUAUACCCAAGGAAGGAGCCCUUUGGACAGGAUGCUGGUUGGGCCUUGAAGCUAGCAUGGACACUGUGGAGAAGCGUGUAAUUGCUUUUAUUUAACUCCACAAGUAAGUGGAGUCUGAAGUACAUUUUUAACACCACUACAAUUUCUUCCUAAAAUCAAAAUUGGAUCCCUGGAUAAGUUUGUUCCCUCUCUGUUCCAUUCUCACCCGUGACAAACCAGUGUGCCUCCUGCAAGGGUUUUUUUUUGUCCUUUUCUUGCCACUGCCUAGGACUGGGUUCCUUUUGGUCUUUAGGGCCCCUGCUUGGGUUAGAUAACCACCCUCCCUCUAACUUAUAUAACCAAACCUGUUCCUGAACAUACUUUAUUCCUAAAGAUGGAGGUAACAUGUUCCUCCAGAACUUUCUUGUGUGUCCGCAAAAGUACAUGAUGUGACAGCUCAGAAGGCAUUAAUCUAAAAGUACUUUUUCAGACUUCUCUAUGUAUUAUUUUUAUUUUUUGGAUUUUUAAAAUUUUUUUAGCCGAAGUUUCAGUUUCGUAUGAAAGUGAGAAUUUGUUACAACUUCAUACAAUUUCACAUUUGUUUUCUCUUAUUUAUCGUCUUUGUAUUAUGUUUAAGCCUCCACACAUUCACUGAUGCAUGUUAAAUGAAAAUGGCAUAACGAAAAUAUUGUUCAGGUCCUGUUACUUGUUAUAAUCAUUUUCAGUGCACUUGAAACUUUUGUUCAGAGGACUUUUGUUGUAACAAAGCAAAUUCCUAGAAACAUUCUUUUACAUUUCAUAUUUGUCUUCAGCAGUGGAUAUGUAACUUCCCAUGAGAUUGAAUAAAACUUCCCUCAGAGGCUCAUGACAACGCAUAAAUCACAGUGUAUAGACAACAUAAAAAUGUGUCUCAUGUGCUGAUAGACCAAAUUUUUACAUUUGAGAAAUAAAAUUGUGAAAGCAUGUAAUGGAGUAAUUAA